CUCGUCUGCAUCUGCAAUGUCUGUAUAGAGUGCGCUGACCGUCUCCUUUGACUCAUUUCCCUUUGGCGAGCAUAGCAUAGCAGAGCAGCCUCGGCAGACGUGACAGCGCCGACCGGAUCGGCCUGCUCACACAAGCUCGCGCUCACGUUGGAGUAAAACGCCGGCACGAUGCCUGGGCGCAACCGGCGAGUCCGACUCCUGGCCAUUGCUGCCUGCAUCAUCACCAUCUUCUUCCUGUACGAGCGCAAUGCUGCGAGCUACGGCCUGUCACCCACUCUGGUCGGCGGUGGAGCGGUGUUGAGGAAGCCGGAGGAGGACCCGCACGCCUACACUCCGCCCAAGACACCAAAGGAGCCGGAGCGCGAACCCGUCUACACGCCUCCCGAGGCACCACCUGUCCAAGAAGGCCCUGUAGUCAACCCAGAUCCGAAGCCUGAGACGAUACGAAUCGCUGAAACUACAUCCGAGGGCAAGAAGCCCGCAGCUAUCGACAAUGCCGAGCCGACGACGACUGAACCAGCUGUGAAGAUAAAACAACCGCUCCCCACUCUUCCGCCGGUUCCGCAAUAUGAAGACGAUGAUGAAGAUACGGGGUAUGGCGGAUAUUUGGAAAGCGCGCCCGGCGUUGGAAGGGUAGAGGAUCCGCCAUAUGUGUAUAGCUCUCCGCCUCCUGUGCACUGGACCAAGCAGCCGGAGCGGUAUCCUGUCACCUCGACAAUCCAACUGCCCACCGGUACUGCCGCCCCUAUACCUCGUAUACAGUCUGCCAAAAAGGGCGCAGAUGUGGAACGUCUCAGGGCGAUCAAGGAGGCCGCGAAACAUGCUUGGAGCGGAUACCGGAAGUACGGGUGGGGCUUUGACGAGGUCGAGCCGGUCUCUGGUCAGGGCAAGAACAGUUUCAAUGGCUGGGGAGCAACGUUGGUCGACUCAUUGGAUACGCUCUGGAUCAUGGGACUCAAGGAUGAAUUCGAGGAUGCCGUCAACCAGACAUCUUUUAUCGACUUCACAACUUCCCCGAGGAAUGAUAUUCCACUGUUUGAGGUUACCAUUCGUUACCUUGGAGGACUCAUUGCAGGAUACGACGUGUCCGGACAAAAGUACCGCGUGCUUCUUGACAAAGCUGUGGAGCUUGCCGAAAUACUGUACAGCGCAUUCGAUACGCCGAACCGCAUGCCCGAGACGUACUACUAUUGGAAACCGCAGUUCGCGACGAAUAACCAUCGCGCGAGCACUAGAGUGGUUCUCGCUGAGCUGGGCACGCUGAGUCUGGAAUUCACGAGACUUGCACAAUUGACUAAAGAGCCCAAGUACUACGACGCCAUUGCCAGGAUCACAGACGCGUUCGAAGAGUGGCAGAACCAGACAAGGCUACCAGGCCUGUGGCCGAUCUCUGUGGACGCUAGCGGAUGUGCCAAGCCUGUCGUACUGGCCCCGAGCAAGUCUGGCAGUCAGGUACCCGUUCCAGGAGGCAAUACAUGGAUGAUGACCAGUGAGCCGGUUCAAGGCAGUGCCGAUGCAGCUCAAAAGGCUGGGGAAGCGCUGGACAGCACAAGCAGGCAUACGCAAGACUUCAAGGGGGACCCAUCCGAGGAUGUUCCUAACCUCAAGCAAGCAGCUGCAGAAUUAGAUUCGUACAUCGAGGACACGGAAGAUGCAGCUUACUCCAAACUUAGCAAACGCCAGCUCGAUGUUGAUACGGCAGGCGAUGAGGAUCCAGACUUGGUCGCAUCCGGUUUGCACAAGUCUGGAGCUUCCAAGGCAGCGCAGGUGGAUGCUGGUUCAGGCACAUCGUACCAGAGUACCACGAGUAGCGAAGUGGCUCCAGCAUGGGAGGAGCCUGAGUGUGUGCCUCAAGGACUACGAUCGCCAAGCAUGAACGCUCAGGAAACAUUCACCAUGGGAGGCCAGAGCGAUAGCGUGUACGAAUACCUGCCGAAGGAGUACUUGCUCCUUGGUGGUCGACUGGAUCAGUACAGGACCAUGUAUCUGGACAGCAUGGAGCCCACGAUUGAGAAGCUUAUUUUCCGGCCAAUGACUCCCGAAAACCUCGACAUCCUCAUUUCCGGAGAACUGACGAUUGCAAAAAAUUACACGACUGAGGAGUGGUAUGAAACUCACAUACCCAAGGCCGAGCAUCUGACUUGCUUCACGGGAGGCAUGCUGGCAAUGGGUGGCAAAAUUUUCAACAAGCCUGAGCACGUCGAGAUUGGGAGGAAGCUGACAGAUGGAUGUAUUUGGAGUUACAACUCCACAGCCACUGGCAUCAUGCCCGAGAGCUUCGUUGCCUCGGCUUGUUCGAGCAAGACUGACUGCCAGUGGAAUGAAACAUUGUGGCAUGAGAAGCUCGACCCGUACAAGGAGUAUCGCGAUGAGCAGCGGGCCAUAUGGGUUGAGCAAUACGGUGAGCAGGCGUUACUCUCUUGGACCACGCCUACUCCUGCGGCCUAUCAAUCAGAUUCUCGCACAAAGUAUGGUAGCCAACAUGGAGGGCCCAGCUUCUACAAUUCUGGACAGUCACCUGGACAUGGCCGCAUGCCCGAGAACCUGGCCUAUGCCAACAAUGGGCACCCGAAUGUCAACACAAAAGACAGUGAUCUGACAAAAGUGAAAGACACGAAUAGCUUUGGAAGUGCAGAAGGCGCGAAAGCUGGAGCAUCAAAUGCAUCGCCAGAGGAAGAGAUGCAACUGAAAGACACGAGCAGUUUCGGCAGUCUCAAAAAGAGGCAACUUAAUGCUCCAGCACAGCCAGCGGCGCCCCAGCCACAAUACGUACCGACCAAAGCGUUUCCUACAGAAGAAAAUGAAGCAUUGGUGAGAUCUUCUUUCGCCGAGGACUCAGAGGGCACCGUUGCAGUGCCAGCGCCCAUACCGGCACCACUCCCAAACAUACAAGAUGACCAGGAUGUUUACGAACCUUACGACCCCUACGUUGCGUCGGCACCAAUCUACACUCCAGCACCGCCACCAACGCACGAAGAAUUCAUAAAGAAAAAGCUCGAAGACGAGCGGCUUCCACCCGGGUUCGCAAGGUACGACAGCAAGAAAUACAUUUUGCGACCCGAAGCCAUCGAAUCCGUAUUCUACAUGUAUCGCAUCACAGGAGAACAGCACUGGCGUGAUGCAGGAUGGGAAAUGUUCAAAGCUGUAGAACGACACACGCGAGUCGAGUUUGGGCACUCGGCGAUUGACGAUAUUUCCAAGACACAUCCGGAGCAUCUUGAUGGUAUGGAGUCUUUCUGGAUUGCCGAGACGCUCAAGUACUUUUACUUGUUGUUCGAUGAGGAGGAUGCGUGGAGUUUGGAUGAUUGGGUGUUGAAUACUGAAGCGCAUUUCUUCCAGAGGCCGCAGGAGUCGAAGCGUUCGUCGUCAUCGUCGUCGUCGGCUUAGAAAGUGCUGAGAGGUUUUGAGGAUGAUUGGAGGUUGCUUGAGGUGGCUUGGAAUGUUUGAGCGAGAUUUGAACGUUGCCAGCUUGGUUCAGCAAAGGCCGCGAGAGAAGGAUAUGUGAUACCCCAGAGGGAGUUUUGAGGUCUUGGCAUAGCGAAGGUGUUGUUACUGAUUUCUGUUUUUUUGAGGGAGUGAUGGCGGACACACGAUGUUCAGUGUUUUCGCCUAGCGCUCGGAGCGUGCUCCGCAGGGAUUCUCUGGGACGUGACACGGUGGGGUGCAUGUUCCGUGUCGUUCGGAGGAUUCGAGGCAGUCGGUAUGAGAUCCUGAAGAGGCAAUCGUACUUCAUCGUGCUGGCAGGGAGGUGCAGAUGGGUUCGCAUCGCUGGGACGGGAGGACGACGGCGUGACGAGCGAUGCUAUACCUCAUGGCGACGCGCGUGGUGGGUCGUGCAAUCUGCAGGCCGUCUGCGUGUGCAGUGCAGUGGGAAAGAAAUACCUCGCCAGCGGGUCGGAGGAGGUGGUGCGACGACUGGCAGUGUUCGAAGUUCGAGAAUGCAACUGCCAACAUGUGAGCGAUAGCACGGCAGCAGACCCUCAUCACCCUAGUUAGCCACCAGCAACCUAUCUAUCAGCUCUCGCCGCG